AUGGAUCCCAAGUCUAUCGAAGCGUUCGGCGCCUCCCUGCAAGAAUACUACAACAACAAAUGCCUUUCAGACGUCGUGAUUCGAUGUGAGGGCCAGGAAUUAGCAGCCCAUAGCCUUGUUCUCUUCUGUCAUUCUGACUACUUCAAAAGGCAACUCACCGGACCGUGGAAGGAGAGGAAAGAAAAAAUCAUAGAGAUCACCGACUUUGAUAAAGAUGUUGUCGAGGCUAUGCUUCGUUUUGUUUAUUCUUUCAACUACGACGUCCCUCCCAACAUGCCCCCUAUGAUCUUCCACGCCAAGGUCUACCAGAUAGGGGAUAAAUAUGGCAUCGAAACACUCAAAAAGCUAUCUCUGAACAGCUUCAGACACGUUGUUGAGAAUGCCGAAGUGACCACUGAGUACACAAGUGAUUUAGCGGAUGCGAUCACCACGGUGUAUACCACUACGCCACCAGGAGACCGAGGCCUCCGAGAUAUCGUCAUGAAUAGGUCUUAUUGGAAGCUUCACCAGCUAAUGGGCGAAGAGUCAUUCAAGGAGAGUCUAUCGAUGAAUGGUGAUUUUUCAGCCGACCUUUUGAAGGUUAUAACGUUUCGGUCAGACGAAGGAGAAACCCACACAUUGAGAUGUUAUAUGUGCAAGACUAAGUUCACAUUGAGAAUAGAUUCUCUGCCUGAUGAUGUCAGUUUCUUGCACGGUCCAAGACCAGUUCACUGUCCCGUCUGUGCUUGGGGACCGCAGCCGUUGUAUCCUUUCGAAGGAUGGCUUUACUAUUUCAGACAGGAUCCAAACAGUGUUGUGAAGCAAGCGGACGGACGGCGUAUCAUGGAUUUAUUGCAAUAG